UUUUGACUUUUAGCCAACACAGAACCUUCCUCCUCUUGUUCGAUACCAUCUCCUCGAAGCUCACUGUCACUACACCAACAAAUCCAACGCCUUUCUUCAUUAGGGUUCUCAAUCCUCAAUGGAAAUCACCUCUUGAGGAAUAAGAACAUCAUGGAGGAAUCAACUGCCAAGACAAUUACUUUUCUUCGGGCACGAUUGCUCGCCGAAAGAUCCGUCUCAAGAACAGCAAAGCAACGAGCUAAUGAACUGGCAAAAAGGGUAUCGGAGUUGGAAAAGCAGCUGAAGUUUGUAUCCCUGCAAAGAAAGAAGGCAGAGAAGGCAACGGUAGACGUUCUUGCUAUUUUAGAGAACCAUGGGAGAAACGACCUUUCUGAACCGUUUGAUUCAAGCUCGGAUCAAGAAGAAAUGUCGAGUGAUUUCAAGGAUGGUAAGCAUGUUGAAACAUCCAAAAAUGUGAAAGUUCCGGAAAGUGAUACAGAAGGAUUCUCGGGUUCUGAGGUUGAAUCUUCUUCGGUGAAUGGUAGAAGCUUGUCUUGGAAAAGCAGUAAAAAUUCAUCGUCUCGGUUUCUUGAAAAGUACAUGGAUGCUUCUAGAAGAAGGCGUAAUAGUUUUGCGUCAACUGGUUCGUCACCGAGGCGUGUUGGUAAAUCAUGUCGCCAGAUAAGACACAAAGAACAUAGGUCAGCAGCUGACAGGUCACAGAAUGAUGCGACUAAUGCUCAUCAUGAAGAUGAAGGGCGAACGAGUUCAGAAGGUGUUCAAAAUUCCGCCGAUGUUGCAACUGAGACUUCAAUAGAAGAACACAACAUUUAUGAGGAGAAAGAUCCACCGGAAAUAUCCACUUCUUUGUGUAACGGCCAUAUUUCACAAAAUAAUGGAACGGAAAGAGACAUGGAACGAGCGUUGGAACAUCAAGCUCAAUUCAUCGCACAAUAUGAAGCAGAGGAAAAAGCACAAAGAGAUUGGGAGGAUAAGUUUAGAGAGAAUAAUGGGUCAACACCGGACUCGUGUGACCCUGGGACCCACUCAGAUGUAACAGAAGAAAGAGACGAAAUUAAGACUCCACCUCCCAGCCCGGCUCCACCUUGCUCUGAUGACAAAUUUACCCCUGGAGGGCAAGAAACUGAGGUUGGUGUAGUUGAUGCCAACUUCAUAGAAGAACCCAAAAUCGACACUGAACCCUUACUGGAUCAGACGGAUAGUGACUUGAAAACUAAAGUGUUGGAUGAUCGGAAUUAUCCACCCGACUUGCAGGGUACCCCUGGAAAUGUCAGCCGAGUGCAGGCAUCUUCUUCUGGAGAUUGUAGCUUGUUGUGUAGAGAAGAACGAGCUUCAGAUGAGUCAUAUGAACCCACUCUCGGAACUCAGGAAAAUCCCGAUCGUUUAGGAUCUGUCCUUGAGGCACUUCAACAGGCAAAACUAUCACUAAAACAGAACCUCAACAAAUUUCCGUUAUUAGAAAGCGGACCUCCCGUUCCCACGAUUCCCACUUAUAGAUCUGGAGACAAAUUUCCAUUAUUAGAAAGCGGACCUUCUGUUCCAACUUAUAAAUCUAGGGACAAAUUUCCCAUUCCGUCUAGCCCUGCUGGCCUUUUCAGGUUGCCAACUGAUUACGAAUAUGGAGGAGCAACAACUCGAGCUAACUCAUUGACUUAUGAUUCUAGAUUAAGUUUGACUAAUUAUCCAACCGACCCUUCUGGUGGUCAAUUUAUCUCCAGCCCUUAUCGGGAAUCCGGUUCUAGAUCAGCCGAAGGCAGUCAACUUAUUUCCAGCCCAUAUCAGGAACCCCUUUCUAGAUCAGCUGCUUCUCUUGAUGAUCGGUUUCGCAUGGUACCCACCUUCCCGUACCAAGAAACCAGGCUAGAAACUCCAACACAACCCCCAUCGGCCUUUAAUCCAAGAUCCGAUAUGCCGCCAUCUGUCCUUGAUCCAAGAUUUUCCGUGUACCCAUCUACGCUUGAUUCAAGAUUAUCUUUGCAACCGUCGGCAACUGAUCCGCGAUCAUAUGUGCCACCAUCUAUCCUUGAUCCAAGAUCAUCUUUGCGACCAUCAGCAACUGAUCCAAGAUUGGAUGCAAGUAUGAGGCAGUCUGCCUAUGAUCCAAGAUUGGAUGCGGGUAUGGGGAGGUCUGCAUAUGAUCCAAGAUUGGAUGCGGGUAUGGGGCGGUCUGCGCAUGAUCCAAAGGAUGCGGGUAUGGGGAGGUCUGCAUAUGAUCCAAGAUUGGAUGCGGGUAUGGGGCGGUCUGCGCAUGAUCCAANCGGUCUGCCUAUGAUCCAAGAUCGGAUGCGGGUAUGGGACGGUCUGCCUAUGAUCCAAGAUCGGAUGCGGGUAUGGGGCCGCCUGCCUCAGGGAUGCCCUCUUCUAGUAUAUAUCGAAGAAUUCCUAGUUCUCUUCCGGGGGGCAACAUACCUCUUCGAACCCGCUCGUUGUACAAUGAUUAUAGCAGACCGAAUAUGUGAGAGUAAGAUUGGCAUGAAAAACAGAACGACUUUACUCGAAUGCACAACAGGUUCAAGUUUGAAUCGUACUGGAUUAUGGGCGGACCCGAUGUGGUGGCAUGGAUGGCACGUGCCACCGUAUUAUUUCGCGGCCGAAGGAUAA